AUGGACGCCGUCACGCGACGUCUGCUCGUGCUCGCCUCCCUCGGCGUCCGCCUCCUCAAAUACACCGCCUGCCUCGUCUUCCUCGUCAACCUCCGCUCCUGGCCGCUCUCGUGGCACUUGCGCGUGUUCAGCCCGCUCAUCGCGCUGCGCCUCAGAUUGCACCUCCUGCGCCUCCGCCUCCUCUUCAAGCCGCGCCAUGUCGAGCAGCGCGCCAAGGCGCAGUGGCUCGCGGCGCUGUCUCUGGUGGGCAAGAGCCCAUUCGAUGUCACGGUAGCUUGGAAGGGCUGGGCGAGCCCCGACGACUGCGACUACAACCUCCACCUGAGCAACUCCUGCUACGCCAAGAGCUUGGACUCGGCGCGCCUCGCGCACGUGCUGAAGUGCUUCCCUACAUUCUUCCGCGCCGGAGGCUGGAUGCCGCUCGGCGGCACGCACUACACGUUCCUCCGCGAGAUCCCGCUCCUCGCGCGCUGCGAGAUCCGCGUCCGCAUCGUGUCCUGGGACAACAAAUGGCUCUUCCUCGUCGCGCACUACGUCACCAAGUCCAAGCCCAAGUCCAACAAAAUGCAGAAGAGGGCGACGAAGCAGCCCGUCGCGGAGCACCGCCUGCCGCCGACGCCCCCCGAGCACGACGCGCGCGCACAGCAGGCCCCCGUGCCCCUCCUGCACACGCCCGCCACGGCCACGCCGCAGCCCGCGCACGCCACGCCCGAUGCGCGAUGCGGCUCUGUGCGGUAA